AGUGCUUAUACUGACCAUCAGUUCACUAUCUGGUCCACAUCUGGUCCACAUCUGAUCCACAUCAGUCCACAUCUGGCUCGCUAUCUGGCCCACACCAGUCACCAUGACAGCGAACAGAGAAUCAGCUCGCAGGUAAACAACAGACACAGCAAUGGAUCAGAGGAAUCUCCAGGAGGAGUUUGAGGCCCAGUUCAACGAUGUGGUUUCCAGACUUCAGUCCAAGCAGCUGUUCCAGUCUGACUGGGACAUCGCUUCUUUUGCAGUCUUCUUCAUUUUCAUCGGCAUGAUUCUGCUGCUGGUCCUCCUGGUUAUCAUCCGCUGCUGCUGCUGCUGCUGCUGUGACGAUCACAAGCCCAGAGGACGGAAGGUUGGCAUAGAGAACAUGGCUCUGGAUCCCUGACAGCUGAGCUGCACUCAUCAAGUAUUGUGAAGACGACUGAUGAAGACGUAGAGCCUUGUAGUUUGAAUCUUGUGCCAAAGCUCAAUCAGUUUUUAACAGAGUUUAAUGAAGUGUGAAUAAUUGUUCGCUAGCACGUCUUAACCCAGCAAUGAAAAUGUAACAUGCCUGAUCUUGUUGACUGUCACUGCUAUGUGGGGCUGAUUGCUAGGAUACAGCAGAGGGGCUGGAAACUUUCUGCUGUCAUCUGUGUCUCUGUAGAUUUGAAGACGACUUCCUCUGACUUUAUCUGUUGGAAGGAUGGUCACGUUUUAAUUUGAAGGUUUUAUUUAGCAAUAAAAAUGUAAAAGCUCUUUCA